AUUAAAAAUAGCCUCUUCCCUCCCCCCUCGCCUCCCGCGGGCCCGGCUCUCGCCGCCGCGCCCUGCCCCGGGCCCGGCUGCCCCGCGCCCUGCCCCGCAGCCGAGGCAGAUGCAGCGGGCCGCGCGGAUGGCCGCCGGGGACCUGGGCGAGCUGCUCGUCCCCUACCUGCCCACGAUCCGGGUGCCCAAGUCAGGGGACCGGGUCUACAAGACGGAGUGUGCCUUCUCCUACGACUCGCCUGAUUCAGAAGGAGGUCUCUAUGUGUGCAUGAACACGUUUCUGGGAUUUGGAAGGGAACACAUUGAAAGGCAUUACCGGAAAACAGGACAAUGUGUAUAUUUGCACCUGAAACGACAUGUGAUAGAGAAGGUACCAGGAGCAUCUGGUGGAGCUUUACCAAAAAGGAGGAAUGCUAAGCUAUUUUUAGAUCUAGAGACAAAUGGUGAUCUCAACAGUGAUGUCUUUGAAUAUGAAGAUGAAGCAAAGCUUGUUAUAUUUCCUGAUCACUAUGAAAUCUCGUUACCCAACAUAGAAGAGUUACCAGCACUGGUGACAAUAGCUUGUGAUGCACUCCUCAGCUCUAAGUCACCCUACAGGAAGCAAGAACCUGACUCCUGGGAAGAAGAGCUACAGGCAUCUAAACAUGCCAAAACACUUGUACAGUUAGAUAAUGGUGUUAGAAUUCCCCCCAGUGGUUGGAAGUGCUCAAAAUGUGACCUGCGAGAGAAUCUGUGGCUAAACCUCACGGAUGGUUCAGUGCUGUGUGGCAAGUGGUUCUUUGAUGGCAGUGGGGGAAAUGGGCAUGCAAUGGAGCACUACAAGGAGACAGGUUAUCCCCUGGCAGUGAAGUUGGGAACCAUCACUCCUGAUGGAGCAGAUGUCUAUUCCUUUGAUGAAGAGGAGCCGGUUUUAGAUCCACAUAUAGCAAAACAUUUGGCACAUUUUGGAAUUGAUAUGCUCCAGAUGCAAGUGACAGAGAAUGGGCUAAGAGAUAAUGAUAUAAAACCAAGAAUCUCUGAAUGGGAAGUGAUUCAGGAAGCUGGUGUGAAACUCAAGCCCAUGUAUGGCCCAGGAUACACUGGCAUGAAGAACCUGGGAAAUAGCUGCUACCUCAAUGCUGUCAUGCAGGCCAUUUUCAGCAUCCCAGAGUUCCAGCGAGCGUAUGUUGGAAACCUUCCACGAAUAUUUGACUACUCCCCUCUUGAUCCAACGCAAGACUUCAACACUCAGAUGGCUAAGCUGGGACAUGGCCUCCUUUCAGGCCAGUACUCUAAGCCACCCAUGAAAUCUGAGCUUAUUGAGCAGGUGAUGAAAGAAGAACACAAGCCUCAACACAAUGGAAUAUCUCCCCGAAUGUUUAAAGCUUUUAUAAGUAAAGGCCAUCCAGAGUUUUCUUCUAAUAGACAACAAGAUGCACAGGAAUUUUUCCUACACCUUAUAAAUCUAGUAGAGAGGAACCCUGUAGGUUCAGAAAACCCUAGUGAUGUGUUCCGGUUCCUGGUGGAGGAACGCACACAGUGCUGCCAGUCCAGAAAGGUCCGCUACACAGAGAGGGUGGACUACAUCAUGCAGUUACCUGUGGCCAUGGAGGCAGCAACAAACAAAGAUGAAUUAAUUGCCUACGAAUUGAAGCGGCGAGAAGCAGAAGCUGCAAGGACACCUCCACCAGAACUUGUCCGUGCCAAGAUCCCAUUUAGUGCAUGUCUGCAGGCCUUUUCUGAACCUAGCAAUGUAGAGGAUUUCUGGAGCAGUGCCCUUCAAGCAAAAUCUGCAGGAGUUAAGACUUCUCGUUUUGCUUCAUUUCCUGAGUACUUAGUGGUGCAGAUAAAGAAAUUCACUUUUGGCCUUGAUUGGAUACCCAAAAAGCUUGAUGUUUCUAUAGACAUGCCAGAUUUCCUAGAUAUCAGCCAUCUUCGGGCCAGAGGUCUCCAGCCAGGAGAAGAGGAACUUCCAGACAUAGCUCCUCCCAUUGUCAUUCCUGAUGACCCAAAAGAUCAGAUGAUAAACCAUUUCAUGGAAUCUCUAGAUAUUGAUGAAUCUUCAGUUAUGCAACUGGCAGAGAUGGGUUUUCCUUUGGAAGCAUGUCGGAAAGCUGUGUAUUAUACAGGCAACCUGGGAGCUGAAGUCGCUUUCAAUUGGAUCAUUGCACACAUGGAAGAACCAGACUUUGCAGAGCCAUUGGCCAUACCUGCAUUUGGAGAAGCGGCUUCCAGUGGAGCAACUGCAUUUGGAGCUGUUGGGCUAGAUAACCAACCUCCUGAAGAGAUGGUGGCAAUUAUAAUUUCAAUGGGCUUCCAAAGGAAUGUAGCAAUUCAAGCGCUGAAGGCAACAAACAGUAAUUUGGAACGUGCACUAGAAUGGAUCUUCAGCCACCCGGAACUUGAGGAAGAAAAUGAACCGGCUUUGGACUUGAUGGAUAGGGAGAAUAAUGUUAAUGCCAAUAUCCUUGCAGAGACAGGGUUGGAGGGACCCAGGAUCAAAGAUGGGUCUGGAAGAUACGAGCUGUUUGGGUUCAUCAGCCACAUGGGAACAUCCACAAUGAGUGGCCACUAUGUUUGUCAUCUCAAAAAAGAAGGAAGAUGGGUGAUCUACAAUGACCUUAAAGUCUGUGCCUCAGAACAACCUCCCAAAGACCUGGGCUACAUUUAUUUUUACCACAGGGUACCAAGUUAGGCCUCAGAUCUGUUCCCUGGCCUUAAGAAGCCAUAAACCUUUUUAGCCUGCCCCUAAAAAAUGUACAAUAAAAAAGAAAAUCUAAAACCAACAAAAGACCUCUAAGCCUUGGACUGCCAAAAAGCAAAGAAAAACAUGGGAUAAUUAUAGUUUAUUUAAAAACAGUCAUUUGAUGCUGCCUUAAGUAUUAGAGGGAAAAUUUCUAUUAGGUAUAGUACAUUGUUUUAAAUUUAUACACCUUAAAGGAUACCUUAAGACCAUGCCGAUUACUGGUGGAAUUUGCAGCUAGCAUAUGGAGAAAAUGGAAGUUUCAGAGUUGAACAAAAUGAAACCUGUUCAGCCCAGCUCCUGCCUGUUCUGUCCAUGCAUCUGUUGAAGACCAAGAAGAAAUAUUUGCAUCUUUGGUAACUGAGAGCCAGUGUUUUCAACCAGAGUCCAGAAAAUCAUAUCACAUAUAAUGUUGGAGGGAGAGGCUGUGGGAGUGUUCUUCAAAGCAGAAUAUUUUGAGACUGUUUUUAGUACAGUGAGAAAAGUCAGCUAAAGUUAUCUCUGUUAAAAUCCAGUUUUAUAGUAUUUUGAUUUGCCUUUUUAAUGCCUAAAGUACAAAACUAGUGGAGAUGGAAGUGAACUCCUGUCACUUGGCCUGUAUGUUUCCUGCCAAAGAGAAAUAGUAGGUCUUAUUUUUGCAGACAUAAGUUUCUUCAUCUUCUCAUGAAUGUUUGCUUUGCAAGUUCUUCCAUUGGAUUCAGGAUUACAGAUGGCUAAAAAAAAAGCAGAUUUGCUGACUACAAAAUUAAGUGCAUACCCUCAGAAAAGGCAAGAGUAUUUAAAUCUUGUUUUCAUAUGAAGGAGGUAAAGAGGGGGUUAAUAUCCCAUUAUAUUUAUUUCAGGGAAAUUUGCAUCUAGACCACUCGCAUUUGAGCUGAAAUCAACUGCCUGACAAAGUACUCACAGUGCAAUUCUAUUUUCUGCCAAAGAUUGCUUAGAUAUUUAGUGCCAUCCAUGAGUGUGGGAAAUUGCUUAGUAAAAUUGCAGAUUUAUUGAUUUGCUCUUCUCUCCUCCCUUCCUUUAAAAAAAACACAAGCAAAACAAAAAAACCAAAACAAACCCAAAAUCUCCACCAAAAAUGCAACAGCAAAAAAACCCAGGACCUUGAAACGAUGCUUCGGAUUUCUUAAAACUUGCAAACACUCCAAUAAUCUGAUCUCUUCAGUAGACACCUUCUAAAAGGGGUUUUGUGUCUCCGACAGGGAUUAAGGGUGGGUAGGUAGAGGCUAGCCUUUCCUGUCUUUUUCUUUUUUUGAUGUUAUUUCAGUUUGUGUCACAGACAAUGUAUAUAUGGGGGUUUAAAUUUGUAAACACAAACUCUAGAAAAAAAUACAAUGGUGAGUGUAAAACAUUUAAUGAUUCAAAAAAAAAAACCCUCGAAGAUUCAGUGUUGGCCACUGCUUAGUGACUGUUGCUGGAGUUGCCUCAUAUAACCUUACUGAGCCAGCAAAAUGAAUUGAAACAUUAAAAAAAAUAUAAAUCCUCCUUACAGAGUGCAAUUGAAGCAGGGAUCCCUGUAUGAUUAUGGAGGUGCAAUUACAUUUUAUCUGUAGUCAGUGCCUGCAAACUUAAUAGCAAAAUUCAGGCAGCUACACACUACAGUAAAGAUCCCAAAUUAAAAAAAAAAAAAUUAGAAAAUUUUAUCUUUUCCUGUGUUAGAGGAAAAGCAGUUCUCCCUCUGGUCAUAUCUUGUGCAGAGCCAAAAAACCCUGGGUUUUUUUUUGUUUUUUUUGAAUCAGUUUUUUAUCUUAAAAGAUGGAGAAAAAUUUUAGUGCAAUAAUUCUGUAGAGUGCAAAUGGUGCCUAAUUGCUGGGAAAGCUUCCUGCACUUAGAGCUCUUAUUGACAUAAAAUAAUUAUGUCCUAGCAUGUUAGUAAGUGGCUCCUGUGAGAUUCAGCUGCCUUGUAAUUAUUGAGCCAUUGAGUUCUGGACAAAAUAAAAGCUGCCAGUAUUUUUUUUCCUUCUUCCAGUAUUUCAGUAUUUGUGUAUUUCAACCAGAAAAGGCCAGAUUUGAAAACAAGAUCAGCAAAUUAUGCAGUGAUACAUCUUCUAUUUAAAGUGAAAGGACUAAAUGUCUGUAUAUCUGUUUGUACUUUUUCAUUUUGGCAGAAGAAAAAGGACAAAAGGCCUUUUAUAAAAUAUAUAUAUAUAUUUUUUAAAUGCCUAGUUAAAUUUCAAGGAAGUUCAAUACAAACACUUCCCUCUUGCCUCAUGAUCUUAAAGGGCUAUUUAUAUACUAACAAGGCCUGGUGGCCACUGCCUUUUUAUUUAGAAACCUUAGGUAAACAAAUUAGGUCAACAGGGUUGUUUCUGUGUUCAUUAUUAAACUGGAAACAUGGCUGGUCUCAUAGGACUAAGGAUGGAGCUUGGGCUCUUGCAAACCGUUUCUCUGGUACCUGCUAAAUCUGGAAUGGCUGUGGGACUAAUUGCUCCCAGUUAAUUGGAGGCACAGUUAGAAACUGACAGGCGAUAAAAUGAAAACUUGAUGAAUGAAAGGAGGGCCAUUUGCUGGCUGUGGUAGGUGAACUAUAGCAGCUCAGCUUCCUGAAUUCUUUUCAGUUCACCACUCUUAUGUACUGGCUGCCUGAACUACCAAGCAGGUCAGAAGUGCAGGAAGCAGAAAGGCUUAUGGAUCAUCUAAAUUUUAGCACUUGAAAAUAUGUUAAAGCUCUUCAGUUGUUUGAGGAAUUUAUCUCCCAAAGUAGUGGGUUCCUUCCUUUUUCAAAUGGCCAGUAAAGUCGUCUCAGUUUUGUGGUGAGAUAUGUGUGAUAACACAACAUCGUGAAUCUGGAGGAGCAGGAUGUAAACUGUUGGCUCUUCAGCCUGAUGUGGGGGAGAGAAGUCUGGUUAUGUUUGUUUUUUUAAAUUUCAACAUGUCGAGGCCACAAUCAAACAGACUCUACUGAAUAGAUGAGUAAUUUAUCAGGCUUUGCCUGCUAAAAUUUGUAUGCACUUAAUUGCUCUGAGCCAGGCCUGAGUGCACAACCUGGGCAGUGGCUGAUGAGGAAACAUCAUGUGCCUGGGUGCUGUAAGAGCUGUUGGGGGUUAGGUGUGCUGAGACUUUCUUGACAAAACAGGAUGGAGCAAGAGAAAUCACUGUGAGCUGUUUGAGACAAUCUAACCUGAGAGAUAUGGCAAGCCAGGGCUUGGCAGCAAAUCCCUAGCAGCAUGCAAGAUCCAUUCUGAGUCACAAUCUCAAAUCUCCAAAAUGCAUCUAGACACAGACUCCUAUUUAAUCUUCCUAGCUAUAAUUAGGAUAUCCUGUAAUUAGGAUAAAAAUUAAAGUUAUUCAAAGCUAUGGUUUAAAAACAAGCCUAGAUAUUUCUGGACUGCUAUCACUUGUAAUUCUACUGGGUUCAGUAGCAUUACUUGUGACUGACUCUGGUGUAACUGAAGCCAGAACCAGGCCAUUUCCUUGGAUCCAGGCAGCCUCCUCUGGGUCGUGGUGCACAUUCUGAAUAUGGAUGCAACCAGAACUCAUUAGGUAGUUUUAGGAGCAUCUCCAAUUCAUUCCUUUUGUUCUCCAUCCUGGCAGCAGCCAUUGUUCUUUGCUGUGUUGACACAUUGAAAGACUAUGCAAAAUGUGUAACUGGACAUAACUUUUUGUUCUUUUCCCAUCAUCUUUCCUAUCUUAAUGGCUGAGAUACUCACUCCUUAGUGGUUUUACUGUUGUAUCCUGUAAGUGUCUGUACUGGUUUACUUUGCACCAUUCAGAGUUGUUUUCUUGAAGCACUGUUAACAUUUUGGAGAGUAUUUGUCUGAGAUGAGAAAGGUUGUGAAUGACAUUGUUGCAUCUGUUUUAAAUUAAAAAGAGAUAUUCCCAGA